UUGCCAGUCCCCGAGGACCUCGUGGGCGUAAGGGUUCGGUGCAGGGGCCGGGGAGGCGGAGGGGAGCCAGGGCCUCCCUCCCUCAGGGACGUGUCUUGGGAGAGGCGGCCGGUAGUUGUGGAAGCGGCUUCAGGUAAAGGUUGCCCCAGCCGCCGCCCCCUCGCCCGCGGGACCUAGCGGCCCCCUCAGCACCCCGCUGCCCGCGCUGCCUAGCGGAGCCCGUCCCGGGCCGUGCUCGGUGGCCUGGGAGCAUCGGUUCCCGGUCUUUGUCAAGCUUGACAGCAGGGUGUGAGUGACUUAGGGCUUCAUGCUUAGGAGCCUACCUUUAAACUGUUGCUGUUUCUUGGGUUUUCUUGCCAUCCAUGCUCCCUGGGCAAGCUCAUUUACAUCUACGGCUUCAUCUGUCACACGUAUGUUGAUGUCUUCCAGAUUUACUCAGAGUUUUCUCCAGAGCUACAGGUAGGUGAGCCCGUGGAACAGUAUGAAGAGGAGAAAAUAGCCUUUAAAGAGACUGGCCCACAGAAAGGAUGGCCUUCUUGGACAAUCCAACUAUCAUUCUCGCUCACAUUCGACAGUCACACGUGACCAGUGACGACACGGGAAUGUGUGAGAUGGUUCUCAUUGAUCAUGAUGUUGACCUCGAGAAGACUCAUCCUCCGUCAGUGCCUGGAGACAGUGGGUCAGACGUGCAGGGAGACAGUGGUGAGAUGCAGGGCUACGUGUACGCGCAGUCUGUCGACAUUACCUCGAGCUGGGACUUUGGUAUUAGAAGACGCUCAAACACAGCUCAAAGAUUAGAACGACUCCGCAAAGAGAGACAAAACCAGAUCAAAUGCAAAAAUAUUCAGUGGAAAGAAAGAAAUUCUAAGCAAUCAGCCCAGGAGUUAAAGUCACUGUUUGAAAAAAAAUCCCUCAAAGAGAAGCCUCCAAGUUCGGGCAAGCAGUCCAUAUUGUCUGUACGCCUGGAGCAGUGCCCUCUGCAGCUGAAUAACCCUUUUAACGAGUACUCCAAGUUUGAUGGCAAGGGUCAUGUGGGUACAACUGCAACUAAGAAGAUUGAUGUCUACCUCCCCCUGCACUCGAGCCAGGACAGACUGCUGCCAAUGACUGUGGUGACAAUGGCCAGCGCCAGGGUGCAGGACCUCAUCGGCCUCAUCUGUUGGCAGUACACGAGUGAAGGACGGGAGCCAAAGCUCAAUGACAACGUCAGUGCCUACUGCCUCCAUAUUGCUGAGGAUGAUGGGGAAGUAGACACAGAUUUCCCACCGCUGGACUCCAAUGAACCCAUUCAUAAGUUUGGCUUUAGUACUUUGGCCCUGGUUGAAAAGUACUCCUCUCCUGGCCUGACAUCCAAAGAGUCGCUCUUUGUUCGAAUAAAUGCUGCUCAUGGGUUCUCCCUUAUUCAGGUGGACAACACGAAGGUCACCAUGAAGGAGAUCUUGCUAAAGGCAGUGAAGCGAAGAAAAGGAUCCCAGAAAAUUUCAGGCCCUCAAUACCGCCUGGAGAAGCAGAGCGAGCCUAACAUUGCAGUGGACCUGGAGAGCACGCUGGAGAGCCAGAACGCCUGGGAGUUCUGCCUGGUCCGCGAGAACAGUUCAAGGGCAGACGGAGUUUUUGAGGAGGAUUCACAAAUUGACAUCGCUACAGUACAGGAUAUGCUUAGCAGCCACCAUUACAAGUCAUUCAAAGUCAGCAUGAUCCACAGACUGCGGUUCACAACUGAUGUGCAGCUAGGUAUCUCUGGAGACAAAGUCGAGAUAGACCCUGUUACGAAUCAGAAAGCCAGCACUAAGUUCUGGAUUAAGCAGAAACCCAUCUCAAUCGAUUCUGACCUGCUCUGUGCCUGUGACCUUGCCGAGGAAAAGAGCCCCAGUCACGCGGUAUUUAAGCUCACGUAUCUAAGCAGUCAUGACUAUAAGCACCUCUACUUUGAGUCCGAUGCAGCCACAGUCAGUGAAAUUGUGCUCAAGGUCAACUACAUUCUGGAAUCACGAGCAAGCACUGCCCGGGCUGACUAUUUUGCUCAAAAACAAAGAAAACUGAACAGACGUACAAGUUUCAGCUUCCAGAAGGAGAAGAAAGCAGGGCAACAGUGACGCUGGCCCCAGUCUGCUACCACAGCCCGGGCUGCCUGCAAGGCCUGGUGCCCCAGUCCACAUGCACCCUGUAGUGCCUGGACUCAGCACUGGGCUGCUGGGCUCUAGGGGAAGCUGUGGAGGCAGGGGUGCCAUCCAGUCCAGGGACACUGCCAUUGGGCUGGAACCUGGCAAUGGCUUUCAGUAGCAAUGCCCAGGAGCCAGAGCAUCUCCUGGAGGGGCCGUGUGCUGCCCAGCCAUGCUCACUGCCAGGCGGUCCCACCAAGGAUGUACAUAGCCAUGCCAGACAGCUCCUUGCAACUUGAUCAAAUUUCUUACAGCAAACAAAGAACAAAAGUGUACAUUUCUCUUUUUUCCUUUUAAUAAACAGGUGUACUCUUUAUCACGGUUGGUAUGAUGGACCAUUCUUUGGGGCGGAGGAUUGAUUAUACUAUCUUCUUUAAAACAGGCAGAUUACAAAGGCUGCGGCUGGAGCUCUCAGAGCAAUGUUGAGGGCUUCGACAGUACUUUCAACUGUGCCAUUGUCUA